AUGAGUUACUGUAAAGGAUGUUCGCUAGGCCAAGUCAAUGUUAUUGGUGCUGGUGUAAUAGGGUUGACUACUGCAUUGUUGCUUCAACAAAAGGGAUAUGAUGUGACAAUCAUAGCCGAUUAUUUUCCUGGUGACAAACAUAUCGAAUACACUUCACCUUGCGCAGGAGCAAGAUGGAAGACAUUGGCGCCUAAUUCAGAUCCAAAAUUACAAAGAUAUGAUGCUGUUUCCUUCAAGUUCUUUUGGGAACUAGCCAGGUCUUGUGCUGCUGAAGCAGGCAUUAUGAUUGUAUCAGCUUAUGAUUACUAUGAAAAGCCAACAGAAGACACGCUUGAUCCAUGGUUUAAGAAUUUAGUUCCUACCUUUCAAUUUAUUGACCAAGCAGAGCUACCAAAGAACAUAGCCGUUGGUUACCACUACACAACAGGCGGCAAACAUCGCCGUCAAAAGGUGAAUUGCAUCUCAGAAGUCGUCACAGACGACAUAGAUGUUGUUGUAAACUGUACAGGUCUUCGAGCAAGAGAAUUGGGUAAAGUAAUGGAUGCUAAAGUUACACCAACACGCGGGCAAAAUGUCAUCAUUAAGGCACCUCAUAUCCGAAAGACAGUUUCAGUAACAAGAUCUGAUAGCUAUAACUAUAUUAUACCAAGAUCAGAUGGAACUGUUGUUUUGGGAACUACAAAAGAAGAAGGCAAUACAGACCCUACUGUAAAUGAGAGUAUGACAAAAGACAUUCUCAAUCGAGCAUAUGAUUGUUGUCCAGACUUGAGUCUACAAAGAAAAGGCGUGAGUGACCUAACCAUCGUUGGCAAUGUGGUGGGUUUGAGGCCAACAAGAAAAGGUGGACCCAGAGUUCAGAAUGAAUACUUUAAAUCCCCUUCAGGCAAACAAACAUUAAUUACUCAUAAUUAUGGACAUGAUGGAUCUGGAUAUCAAUCAAGUUGGGGCACUGCACAAGAAGCAGCCAGACUUGUUCAUGAAGGACAUGCUGUUAUCAAGGACAAAUCUAGACAUAUAAGACGAUUACUUUCGCACUUAUAA